GCUGGGAGUUGUAGUUCGGCGGCGCAGCCGCGACGGACGAGGGAGGGGGUGCGCGGCCGGCGGCCAUUAUCUGGGAGCGCGGCGGCAGGCGCGGAGCCGACCGCCAGGCUCCCCAAGCCGCCUUCCGAGUCCCCGUUGUCGCCGCCGGGCGGGGUGGGGCUGCCAUGGCGGCGUAGGCCUCGGCCCAUCUCUCCCCUUCCUCCCCGCUGCUCUCGCUGAACGCGCGGCGGCGGCGCGGCCUAGCCCGGAGGGCGGAUCCUCGGCCUCGCGUAGCGGCUGCCGCCCGCCCAGGGGUGCCCUCCGCGGGUGGCCAUGUCCCUGGUGGCCUACGCCAGCAGCGAGGAGGACAGCGAGGCGGAGGAGGCCGCGGAUGAGGAGGUGGAAGCCCCCAGCACCCCGCCUCAUGACUCCCCAGUCCCGCAGCCCCCGGCCCGGGGGGGGCUCUUCGCCGCCCUUCCUCCCCCCAAAGCCUCCGUGCUGCCCCCGCCGCCGCCCCCCCAGGGCAGCGGCUUCCCCUUGUUGCCGCCCCCGCCCUUCCUCAUGGGCCCACCGCCCGGUGCGAGGGGCUUCGGCCCACCCCCGCCCGCCUCGAGCCCGACCCCCGGCCCUGCCGAGCCAUCCGCCGGCAGUGGGGAGCAGCCCCGGGCCGGGGGACUCCUCCUGCCUCCCCCCCGGAACGCCGCCAGCGUUGCCUCGGCCCCCGGCCCGUCCCCGCCCGCCUCGGGCCCCGCUGCUUUGCCCAGCGCCGGGGGAGAUCUGGGCCUCCCCAAGCCAAAGAAGAGGACGGAGCCGGUGAAGAUCGCAGCCCCCGAGCUGCACCAGGGAAAUUCAGAUUCGGAGGAAGAUGAACCAGCAAAGAAGAAAAAUACUCUUCAGGGACGCGGCGAGGGCUCUGGCUUGUCCGCUUUGCUUCCUCAACCCAAAAACUUGACGGUGAAAGAGACCAACCGGUUACUUUUGCCCUACGCUUUCUCGAGGAAAGCAGCCGACAACGCCUCCGAGUCAAAGACUGCAAAGGCCCUGACCUCAUCCUCCUCCAAAACAAAACCUCUGUCGAAGCCGGCCGUAGCCACGACUCCUUCUCCUUCCGCUAUCAAAGCUGCCGCGAAGAGCGCUGCCCUCCAGGUAACCAAGCAGAUUACGCAGGAGGAGGACGACAGCGACGAAGAGGUCGAGCCAGAGAACUACUUCUCCUUGUCCGACAGGAACGAGCCCAGCGUUGUCGCCGCCGAGGCGUACAUGUACUCGGGCCCGGCGGUGUCGGAGGACCCGCCACCUGGGACGGAGCCGGAGCCCCAGUUCCAAGAUGCUGCUGCCAAUGCCCCUCUGGAGUUCAAGACGGGAGCGGGCUCCAGCGGUGCUCAGCACAGCUGGGUGCCCAAAUCCGGAGAUGACUACGACCCUCAGCCCUACGGCCAGUUCCCUGCUUAUGGCGAUGCCGGCGGGACUGAUGCGUAUUAUCAGGAUUACUACAGCAGCGGGUACUACCAGGAGAUGGAACCAGCCCAGGCACCACCCCAGGAGAUGAGCACCGACUCCUCCUUCCUAGACGAUGAAGCGUUCAAACGGCUGCAAGGCAAGCGAAAUCGAGGCAGAGAAGAAAUCAAUUUUGUGGAUAUCAAGGGUGACGAUCAGCUGAGUGGAGCCCAGCAGUGGUUGACCAAAUCCUUAACAGAGGAGAAAACCAUGAAAUCAUUUAGCAAGAAAAAAGGAGAUCAGCCCACAGGACAGCAAAGGAGGAAACACCAGAUCACAUACCUGAUCCAUCAGGCGAAGGAAAGAGAACUGGAACUGAAAAACACAUGGUCUGAAAACAAGCUCAGUCGACGUCAGACUCAAGCCAAAUACGGAUUCUGACACCACCGUCCCAUCUUUUGGCUCUUGUCCCAGGUGACUUACUGUGUCAGACCUCUCCUGGCCUUCGGAGACCGGCCGGGCUGGCGUUGAGUGCUGUCUGCUCGGUGGGUGGGAGGACACUGCACUCCCCUGCCCGUCAGGAAAAAGGGGUUUCCUGUGAACCAUUCCUGAAAUUCCACCUCCAAUCGUUCCCCGCUCCUUCACAAACAGUCGUGUGGAAGGUUCAAAAUCAGGUCUGCUCUGUACAGCCAGCCACAGUCCCAGGGUGCAGCUGCAGGAGGUGUGCUUGGUGCAAGGCUUGGAGCUUCUGUCCUGUAGGUGCAGGGCCCCGUGUCCGAAGCAGCCUCGUCAUUGGAACCUGAGGCGGAGUCUUGACAAACUUCCACGUCCCACUUUGCUCCUUCCUCGGACUCGCUGCACAUCAAGGGUGUCAUUUUUCUUUCUAAAAGACAGUUUCAAGAGCGAUCCUGUUUGUUGGGGUUGUUUGUUUUUUUUUGUUAUUGUUUUAAAUGAGACGUGGUCAUGGCCGUUUAAUUUUUGUCUGAGUAAAUCCCGUGCUCCUCUCACGCGAAUGGUGGAUUUUUGUUUUUUUGUUUCCUUCGUGUGUCUGUGCAUGUGGCCAAGUUACUGUUUUUAGUCUUGGCUACACCAGCCUGUACAUCUCAAACCACGCUGAGGGGAAGCUCUUCUUUUUUUUUGUGUGUGUGUGUGUGUGUUUCGAAGGAGAAGUAGAGUGACAGAUCAGAGCUUGGAACAGAAGUGAAAACGCUGCAGUGUCGAGGCUGCAGAAAGCAGCGAGGACCUCAGCUGCUGCUGAGAACUUUGGGGUAUACCUGUCCUUGUGUGUUUCCCUUUUUCCCCUUCUUCCUCCUCCCUCUGACCCAAGGCCGACAGUGCUGUAACCAUCUGGUCUCCACCCUUGUUGAACUGAGUAUUCCCAGUUUCCUGGGAGCAGGCGCAGUGAAACGUGCUGCGAUACACAAUGAUACUGUACAUUUAUUUUUAUUUUUUUCCAGCUUUUUAGCUUGUUUGUAUCCAUUUUGGUCCCUAUAAAGGCAUCACGUCUGAUUAAGUGUUAACCUUACCCUCUGGGCUGGGAAAGGGGAGACCACGUCCAGCCUUAACUUUUCUUUAUUGAAGGUAUUAGGUCUAGGUGAUAUGAUUACAAAUCAUGUGCGACCUUGCUGGCCCGACCCAUGCAUCUUUAGCCAAAUCUCUGUGGCCUCUCUUAGCUCAUUGUUCACCCAACGUGUGAUGCUGAUGGGAGCAGGGAGCUGGGCUGGUUCUUUAACUCACAUUCCCGACCCCAAGGGUUGUGUUUGUUGUAACUGCAGCUCAAACAGCGAAUAAUGGUGACUCCCUGUAGUAAAACUCCAGGAGGCUGUUUUUCUCCCAUGACCAAGAAAGCAAACCCCAACGAGAGAAUUCGUUUCCUAGAAUAUUUAACAAAAAUAAAUAAU